AUGACUUCAAUAACGACGAGUGAUUGUCGAACAAAUCAGAAUAGUAAAAACCAUUAUAACGAUGAAAGCACAUCAGAUGAUAGUCUUUUAUUGAUGGGUGAUGAUAUGGAAGAAAAAGCACCGUUACUAAACAUCCUUACCGAUGAUUUAGACAGAGAUGCUUUGAUUUUAUCGACUGAUAUUCCUUUACGUCCACGCUCAACUAAUUCGCAUUGUCAUGUACCUGAUGAUAAGUUUGAUUACACCGCCCGAAAUCGUCUCAUUGCUGUCUUGAUUGUCUGUGUCGUUUUUAUGGUCAUUGAAAUCAUUGGUGGUAUACUUUCGAAUUCAACGGCGAUCGCAACGGAUGCUGCACAUAUGUGUAUCGAUGCCGCCAGUUUUCUUAUUUCGUUAGCAGCCAUGUAUCUAGCGAGAAGGAAACCUACGAAGAAGCUGUCGUAUGGGUAUAUACGAGCAGAAAUACUUGGAGCAUUGGUGAGUGUAUUGACAAUAUGGGUGGCAACCGGUAUUCUUGUAUAUAUGGCUAUUGGCCGUUGUGUUGAUCAGAGUUUCGAAGUGAAACCAUUGGAGAUGAUCAUUGUAGCAUCAUGUGGCGUCGUUUUCAAUAUAGUAAUGUUUUUUGUUUUACAUGCUAAUGUAUGUGGUAACUCACUACCGCAUCACGGACAUUCACAUGGAGGUGGCCACGGUCAUUCCCACAAUAAUCAUUCUCAUACUGAUAACGAUGACGUUCUAUCGGUUGAGAUUACAUCGCCCGAUCAUCAGCACUCGCAUUCACAUUCACAUUCACAUCAUAAACCAUCAAAGUCAUCCAACAAUAUCAACGUCCGAGCAGCCGUCAUCCAUGUCAUCGGCGACUUUGUUCAGAGUGUUGGCGUUCUCUGCGCUGCCAUACUCAUCAAGCUCAAACCUGAAUACAAACUAGCCGAUCCGAUCUGUACUUUCAUCUUCUCGAUCUUGGUUCUCAUCACCACGAUCACAAUCAUGCGUGAUAUUGUUGUCGUUCUCAUGGAAGGUGUUCCAUCACAUGUCAACUACAGUGGCAUCGUAGACGAUCUUCUUCGUUUGCCAGAUGUUCGAAAUGCUCAUAGUCUUCACAUCUGGUCAUUGUCAACUCAAAAGGUGGCAUUAUCUGUUCAUAUAGCGAUAGAAAACGAAGGUGAUUCGAUGAGAGUACUGACUGAAGCACAAGAAAUGCUUCGUCGUGAUCAUGGAAUCAGUCGAUCGACGAUACAAGUGGAAAUGUACGAUGCGAAUAUUAUGAACUCAUGUGACAAUUGUCAGCGUCCUGAUGUUUAG